UGAAUCCAAAACAAUUCGACAUACAUACAAUGGCUGGUUUCAAUUUCGGUGGUUUGGAACAAGCGUUGGCUGAUACACGAGGUAGCGGUGUCAGCUUUGAAUCACAAGCCAAAAAAUGGGAAAGCGAAGAAGAAGCAAAAGAUCUCAUCGAAGCGAUAAAUAAUUGUAAAGUAUUGAGUUAUUUGAAUCUGGAAGGAAAUACAUUGGGUGUAAAUGCGGCAAAGGGAAUUGGCGAAGCGCUGAAAAAACAUCCCGAAUUCCAGAAGGCAUUGUUUAAGGAUCUGUUCACCGGACGAAUGAAAACUGAAAUUCCACCAGCCUUGCAGUCAAUGGGCAGGGGAAUGAUCGCAGCCGGUGCUAAUCUAACGGUUUUCGAUUGCAGUGACAAUGCGCUCGGACCUAACGGAAUGACUGGAUUGGUUGAACUCUUCAGAAGUGCAGCGUGUUAUUCACUUCAGGAGUUAAAACUAAAUAACUGUGGCCUUGGUAUUACUGGUGGGAAAAUGUUAUCGCAAGCGCUCUUGGAUAACUACGAAGCUAGCGUCAAGGCCGGUACACCGUUACAGUUAAAAGUUUUUAUUGCUGGUCGUAAUCGUCUUGAAAAUGAAGGUGCCAAAGCUCUGGCCCAGGUGUUUGCCAAAGUUCAAACACUGGAGAUGGUUUGGAUGCCACAGAAUGGUAUCUAUCAUCCGGGUAUCUCUGCAUUGUCGGACGCAUUCAAACUCAAUCCAAACAUGAAAUCUCUGAACUUAAACGAUAACACAAUUACAUCAAGAGGCGCUGAACAUUUGAAAGAUGCGUUGAUUUGUAUGCAAAAUUUGGAAGAAAUCAACUUUGGAGACUGUUUGUUGAAAACGAAAGGUGCUGUAAUUUUGGGUGAAUCGCUGCAAGACGAGCAUUUGGCUUUGGAAUCACUGAUUUUGGACCACAAUGAAAUUGGCGCCAAUGGUGGAUAUGCCAUCGCAGCAGCCAUGCACAACAAGGAACAACUACAAACACUCAACCUAAACGGCAAUCAAUUCGGCUGUGAAGCCCGUGAAGGAAUCCGAGAAAUGUUAGAAGAAACGCAACGGUUGAACGCUCUUGAGGAAAUGGACGAAGACGAUUCCGAUGGUGAAAGUGAAGAUGAGGAUGAAGAAGAUGAAGAUGCUUCCGGAGAUGAUGAAGAAGAAUCAGACGCUGACACUUGUGCGGCUGAUGAUGACGACGAUGAAUACUUGAAUAACACGGUGGAGAGUGCCAAUCAAUCGAUAAACUGGACAUUGAAUUCGACGGCGGAAUUGAAUGACAGUAGCGUACUAUUCACGGGCACCAGUGAACAGCCAAACACAGUUGAAACGUUCUGCAACACUCCACACCCCACAUCAAACCAAUUCGAUGCACUGAUUGAAACAGACAAAUUACAGGCGUUCCGAGAUUAUUUGAAGAGAAUACCAGAGAAAGAUUACCUUGUCCAUUUAGUAUUUGCCAUCGUCAAGCUGUCGGCAGCUUCGUUGAAAAAUCAAGAGGCAUUGCGUGUGGCCACCGAAUUAUACAGAGAUUGUUUUGAAUACGCGCAAAAAACGAACCAGGUGGCUCGAGUGAACAACUUUUUCCUGAUUCAAUUGGGUUUGCUAAAGAAUGAAGAUAAAACGUUUAAGCCAGCCUAUGACCAGAACGCUUGUCGGACCGCAUUGCAGCACGCAAUCAAGUCGAAAGUGUUCAGCGAUGACGUGGAACAAAUGUUCAACCUCUUUUUAACCCGUUUCAACUGAAAAACCAAUCGCACACUCACACACAUUAUUUAUAAAAUUGUAUUCCAUGAAAUUUUUCCACAUGAAUAAACACGAAAACCAAUUUGUCAGUUAAUUUUAAUAAAAA